GAAAGUGUUGUCUGCCUUCUUCUGCAUAUAUGGUCUCACAGACAUCUGCUAGUGUUUCUGUGGAGAGAGAGCGCAUGCCCCUCCCACCCAGACAGCAUGGAAGACUGAUUGUUGGGAUUUGAACUAGUGAUCUGACGAUAGGGAGAAAAAGUUUGUUCUUUUGCCAGACAGUCAAGUCACUGUAGACCUCUGAUGCACAAAUGACCCAGAAUUCACUGCUGCAGUCGGACAGUGUCCUGUUUCAGAGUGUAGGAUGAAGCGUUUGUAUGUGUAAACUGGACCAGUGUUUUAGAAUACAGUACAUUUACGAUCUGUUCAUUCUCACUUUAAUCUCAUUUGCUUACUGUUAGAUCACAGAUUUCUUGCCCUUGAGAAUCUCUGAGAACUUUGCUGUGCAGAUCAGCAUACACUGCAUUAUGGAGACGGAGAACAGUGUAUCCGGUUAACGUCUGGUCUCUCUGUGCCUGGCCCCAUGGCAAUAAGAGAUGUACAGUCGCGCGCGCAGGGUUACGGAUUUGUGCGCCGGGAGCACGAGCACCGCCAACGUGGGUCCGGGUUCCUACAAUAUCCAGAGGUCUGCUCCAGAGAGAACCGGGUGUUACGCUCCUUUCCUAUCUCUGUCCUCCAGGCACUCUGUGUUUGACAGGUUGGACAGUGAGAACUGUUCUCCUGGACCGGCUCACUAUGAUGGAGUCCUUACUUGGGCUCCUGUUCCUGGUGGACAUUCUCUGCAGAACCGCUCCAAGCGUUUUGAGGAGGCGGAGUCAAAUAUUCCAGGACCAGGAACCUAUGACAUCAUCCAGCCGUGGGGAAAGAAGCUCCGACCACUGACUACCCCAGACAGGGGCAUUAAGUGUGUGAGGUUGUUGUUCCAUUCUGCUCCCUCCAUCCCGUCUCCCAGUCAGGCGUUUGGUUAUGAGGAGAACGAGCAGGGGGAAUUGUGCAAGCAGAAACCACCCAGAACUGACCAGAGUCUUGGCCCUGCCUACUACAACCCCACCCAGGGAGAACCGAUGUAUAAAGGAAUCCACUUUGGCAAAAUGACAGGGAAAAGGACAGAGAUGAAGGUGGUGGAAGGACCUGGACCAGGACACUACCAUCCAGAGGAAGAUCACUCUGUGCUCUAUGAGAAUGUGAAUUUGAAGCAAGAGCUGAAAAGUCAAACUGAGUUGCAGAUUCCUCGGUAUAAUGAACUCCUUAUACUGCAGGCAAACAAGAAGGGUGUUCCUGGUCCUGGUCAGUAUGAUGUUAAAGGACAAUUUGAGAAGUCAAAUGGAGUCUCUGUGUCCAGACCAGCAUUUAUGUCACAAACACCGAGGUUCUGCUCAGUGAAGGAUAUGGUGCCCCCUGUGGGUUCCUAUAAUGAUCCUCGCUGUGCUCUGGAGAGUCUGAAGAAACUCAGUGGAGUGAAGAAAAGUCCUUUUAACCUUACUGCAGCUCGAUUCAUUCCUGAAAACAGAAAAAACACCACACCAGGCCCAGGAGCAUAUAACAUGUUUGAUUAUGGUCUGGCCAGUGAGAGUCUGAAAAAAGCACAUUUGGAGGGUAAGAAGACGGGCGGCUUUGGCUCAACAGCUGAGAGAACCACCAUCUUCUUCAGUAGCACAGCAUCAACAACAGAACCAGGACCAACACACUAUACGGUGGAGAAAAAAAGUGAGGAGUUUUACAAACAACAGCCUACAGCAGUCUUUAAAUCAGCCACGGAGCGACUCCAUGGACCUCUGGUUGCUAAGGACACACCUUCUCCGAGCUCAUACAAUGUGCAGGAAGCGUAUGAAAAAAUGUAUGGACAGGGUCGACAUGGUGAACCUCGCACAAAAGCAGCACGAAAACGCCAGAGCUGCUUCUUAAGCACCGCCUCCCGAAGCUCCUCCUUCCACUAUGAUCCACACAUACCAGGCCCAGGUCUCUACAGUCCAGACAUUAAGUCUAGCCCACAGUUUGCUCUCAUUGGCACUAAUGAGGAUCGAUUUAAACAACCUAAAGACACAACACCUGGACCAGGAGCAUACAUGCUGAGUCCUACUUUUUCAGACACACUACUUAAGCGUUCCUUCAAUGUGACCCUCCAAAACCCUAUGAUGUUGCAUGCUCUGGCUCCACCCCCUCAGCAUGCCAUGGAGGCGGCUCUUUCCUUCACCAGUGCUUAAAUACACACAGUCACGGUCAAAGGUCAAGCUGGAUAGUCGACAGCACAUCCCCGAGAGUCUCCUGGAGCUCCUUUUUAAAAAUAUUGAUGAUGUCUUCCUUCAGCGAAGCCAGCAACUCAAGCUCUGAAGUCAGAGUCACCGCGCAGUGAUGCGGAUUCAGGGGAAGAAGGGGACUCGCUUUCGGUGCGCACAGUAGGCCUCUGUUGUGUCUGAAUAGUACUAAGGGCUUUUGUGUUUUUUCCAGACAUUUUAAUGUGCCACAAAGUUAAAAGUGCAAACAAAAAAUGGAGUAGAAUAAGUCAAAAUCUAUUGUGUGACCGAAAAGUGCAAUUACAAUUUUAAUCGAAAUCGGCAGGAGCCUCCAACUUCGUGUCCUACUCCAUUGGCAACUCAGCAGCGCCCCCUAAUCCAUAGUUAAUAUGAUGAACUACAUUCACUGAUGCUCAAGAAGGUAACACAAUACAAUAAGAACCGGGGGUGGGAUGGGGGUGGUAUGUAAAUUUAUGAACAGGAUGAAAUUAACAGGUGUAAAUUGUUAUUCUGUCUUCUGUGACACAUGUAAGUAUCUUAUUUAGCUUCUAAAGGGCAAUACUAAAAAAAUACCUUUAAACAAACUAAUAACAAUUUACACUGAUAAUCCUAUUAAAAAAUGUACACCACCCUGGAAUUUAAUGUAUUGUGUUACCUUUUUGAACAUCAGUGAAUGUGUGCACCUUAUGUAAUAGUCGUGUACGAGUCCCUCGGCUGUCCUCCGUGUGAAAAGAUGGAUCUCAUAUUAUAGUUACUGUUGGAAAGGGGUCAAAUAUACAGAAGAUGCAGGAAAAGUAAAGAAUGUGCAGGACCUGGAGGAUUUUUCUGAAGAACAGUGGGCAGUUUAACUGCUCAGGACAAACAAGGGACUCAUGAACAACCAUCACAACACAUAAAAAGAGUCGUGGAUCAUCCAGGUAACGACACAGUAUUAAGAAUCAAGUGUGUGUAAAGUUUUGAACGGGGUAAUUUUGAUAAAUUCAGCUAUUAUCUUGUGGACUAUAUGUAAACUUCUGUUAUGUGAAAUAGUUUAUUCAUGGUGGUACUAAAUAAACAACAACAUGGGAUUAUGAUAAUCAA